AAACACGAAAUCUUCAGGAUUUCGGAAUGUACGAUGUCACAGUGUUUCGAUUUGUCGCGUUGCUUAGGACAGCACGAAUUCCGUGUUUAUGUUUAUCCAUCCGAUAACGAAUCAGCAAUGUCUGUCGUUUAUAGCAAUAUACUAAAAGUUAUUCGAGAAAGCUGGUACUAUACCAGCGAUCCUCAAAAAGCAUGCUUUUCCUUACUUUCUAGUGAGAAUUACGUGAAAUACGUGAAUGAAUUGAUUGCGAGCUUGCCAAGUGAAAUUUGGAAUUCUGGCCGGAACCAUAUCAUUUACAACCUUUAUCAUGGCACAUAUCCAAACUACUCAGAUCACGAUCUUGGUUUCAACACUGGCUACGCGAUUAUUGCUCGCGCCAGCGCAAAUGCUCAGGUUUUUCGAGAAGAGUUUGAUUUAUCGUUUCCACUCUUCCAUGAACAGCAUCCAUUGAGAACAACUGUAGAGGUUUGUUCAGUUUUUCGAAACCUUUUAUGUGCAAAAAUUAAUUCCUAUUUUGGAAAAGCAGAAUGGUCAUUGAAUAUGGUAGACAAAUAUUUGGUAAGCUUCAAGGGCAAGCGAUAUGUGUAUGGAAUAGGCUCGGAAACGCGUGAUUCGCUUUACCACCUACACAACGGACAUUCAGUGGUGAUGGUUACAACAUGCAAGCAUAACACAGAUUGGAAAAAAUAUGAGGAUGACCGUUGCGAAGCAGAUAAUGUCGAAUAUGACCGGUGA